AUGUCACGAAAAAUGACAGAAAAUAUGUUUUCUCUCGUAUUUUGGGAAGAUUUGAAAACACACUCCGUAAUUAAAACGAAUUCCAUUAAACACGCAAAAAAAGGUGGAAAGCUCACGGUCCGAAAAAAUAACAAGAAUGACAAAGAAUAUUUAGAAAUGGUUGAUGUAGAUGAAACUGGAAAAAUUAUUUUAAAUAAAAUUAAGCAAAGAGUUGACAAAGAACGUAAAAAAAUGAAACGAAUCAAAACAGGCAGAAAUGUUAAUCCAAAGGCGAACGAUGAAGAAAUUAUAUCGGCUAAAUCUAUUUUUGACGUUGAUGCUGAAAAACCAUCUACACCAUCCGGUAAACGGCGGACUAUUGGUUUAAUAAUCACUUCAAGUGAUGAAGAUAAUGAAACUGAUAAAGUAAGAGUUGUGCCAAGGAAAGAAUAUAAAAAUCAGACGCAAAAUGACUAUGACGAAUUCUCAGCGAUGGCUAAUGUCAGUGAGAAUGAAGAAAUUAUAGCCAAUGUAAAACCAAGUUACGUAGAAGAAACUGGAAGAAUUCAAAUAGGUAGAAACGUUGAUCAGCCAAUGAAUCUUGACCAGAAUCGAGUUUCUAGAUCUUAUUUUGGAGCUAAUUUCCGUAAAAUGUCUUCAUUAACCGGCAAACGAAGAGCUAGCAGUCCAAUAAUUUCUUCAAGUGAUGACAACAGUGAUUCUGAUGAAGCGAGAGCUUCACCAAAAAAAAACAAUAACUAUUGGAUGAGAGAUAAUGAUAAAACUUCGAAAAAACUUAACGUGAAUGAAAAUAAAAAAAUGGCCUUCAGCAAAAUGACAUCAAAUCUCGAAACUGACAAAGAAAAAUUCCAAAUAAGAAGAAAGGUUCAUCCUCUAAUGAAUGAUGAAAAGACUGCUUUACCUAAAUCCUAUUUGACAGCUAAUUGUAGCAAAUUACCUUCGUUAACCGUCAAACAGAAAGCUAGUGAUCCAAUAUUUACAUCUAGUGAUGAAGACAAGGACUUAGAUGAAACUGAAGUUAUACCAAGAAAAAAUGUUGAAAAAUCUCUAGAGAUUUUUGACGUUCAUUUUCAGAGUCCAAGUUUAAAAAAAAAAUAUAUAACCGCCCAAAAAGACAGACAACAUAAUUCAUCUGUGAAUAAUGAAAAAAUUUUAUUCAGUAGACCUAAAUUUAAUACUGAUUUACAAAUACCAUUACCGUCAACCUCCAAGAACCCCAAAACGAAUAAAACUGACGAUCUGAAAAAACUACCUUCUCUAUCCACUAAGACGAACACUAACAGAUCAUUAAGUUUCGCAACUGAUGAGGACAGCGAUUAUGAAGAUAUUCAAAUAAAAAAUAGCAAAGUUUUCGUUAAGGAGAAUAGAAAUACUGAAUCAAUUUUACAAAAAAAUAAACUCCAAACGCGUCUUGUCCACUAUUCAAUUUCUUCUGAAGAUUCUAGUGACAAUGACAAUGAUACUCGAGUUAAUAAUCUUUCCAAAAUAGAUGAUGAUACCAGAGAAGUAAGAAUUAUGAACGAAACAAAUAAGACAAACAAUGAAUCAACGAAAAAAAGCAACAACGAUGAUAAUCUAAAAGAAUAUGUUAAUGCGAACGUGAGCAGAGGCCAUGAAGUGAGUGUAGGCGAAUUUCAAAGUAUUGUCGGUACUUUGUGUUGCACUAUUCGAGGAAAAUUUAAAGCUAAAGAAAUAGAAAAAAAAAAAAAGUGA